AUGCGUCGUCUGUUGUGCACUGCGCUGCUCUUGCUGUGUUGUGCCUACGGGUGCAUUGCAGCUGUUGUGCAGCCGCUACCAAAGAGAGGACAGGGUCCUUGGGAUACGUACACCCUCUCUGUUCCUGGUGUUGAUACUGAUGUACCUGAGAAGGUUGAAGAGAAUUGGCAACCCAUUCGCUUUGCCGUUUCCUCACAUGGUGUUGCUUGGACCGUGAACCACUGUCUCUACAGGAAAGUCGGUGCACGUUGGUCCUACGGCUAUAACAACCCACAUUUUGACAAGGUUGUCUGUUAUCGACGUGAUGGAAUUACUGUCGAGAAGGCCAAUCUUUUCUUGAAUAAGAUUCUCCCUGCUGCUAUUAGUUUGCAUACUGAACGUCUCAAGGUCAAGCGUGUGAGUGGUAAUUUAAUGAUUUCAAGAUCUACAGGCGUUUUUUUGGGCAAAAUGUGCAAAGGGGUUGGAAUCCCCGCUGCACACCUCGAAGAAGGUAUUCCGGAUGCUGAUUUUGUGCUGUACGUGGGUAUUGCGAUCUAUAAACCAGCUACAACGGUUUGCUCUUACAAUGCCGAGGAACGCCCGACAUCUGCCAGUAUCAAAUUCAGACCGAGAGACAUCGUUGAUACGAGGCAUUUCACUCGCAUUGUUGCACACGAAAUUGGACAUGGGCUUGGAUUCAACAACAGGCUGAUGAACUCCAAGGAAAUGCUAACGCUUGUAACAGGCGGCAGCUACGGCGUACAGUAUGAGUUCAGGAGUACUUUAAUGGAGAAAAUGGUGCGGGAUCACUAUGGUUGUCAUAAUGCUACUGGCAUAAGGCUGGAAAAUGAUGCACAACAUUAUUAUUACCCUCACUGGGAUCGGCGAAUUGCGAAGGAUGAGCUGAUGAGUCCAUACAGCGGCAGCAGCAAUGGAAUGUUCUACACCGCACUGACACUUGCUGUAUUUGAGUCUACAGGGCACUACAAAGCAAAUUUCAGCAGGGCUGAAAAUAUGAGUUGGGGACGGAAUGCCGGCUGUGAUUUCCUUGAUAAGAAGUGCCGAGACGACAAUAUGUCUAAAUACAGCGGCAUGUUCUGCAAUCUUAAAUCAACGGAAGAGCUGCAGUGCACAUCGGAUCGCUUUGCUCUUGGAAAAUGCAGUAAAACGUGGAAAUCGGAUGCUCUCAAGUGGCAGCACUGUCUGUUUAACGAAAGAGAUGGACCGAAAAUGGCAGAGCUGGAUGAUGAGUGUCCCAUUAUCAAACCACUUGUACGUACUUCCUGUGAGACUGGCAAUGCCGAUAUUAUGCCUGGAAGUAUUGUGAGCAAUACCUCUCGAUGUCUAUCACGCGUAGAAUUUGUCUCGGAUAGCGAAGUGAGAAGCAUCGGUGACAUUUGUGCUCAAGUGAAAUGUGAUGGUGGCAAAGUACAUAUCCGCUACAAGGGCAAUAACAGUUGGCACGUGUGUGAUAAUGAAACUGAAAACGACGUGAUUUCACCCCAAAGCAACGAUUCCGCGCUCAGUAGCGGAGUCAUUCUUUGCCCCAAAUACUCUGAGGUGUGCAUGUAA